AUGCAAAUUAUUAAGGUCUUCAAUAAAUCUUAUGAUGCACCAUCUGGAAUACUUAGUUCCAGAUUCAUUACUAGAAAAGGAAGGAAAAUUACUCUAAUCCUAUCUGAUUCCAAACUAUAUCGAAUUGUAAACUUUAACAAAAUUAUUUAAGUCUGACAAAGGUGUAAAAAUGGCUUUUCUAAGUAGUCAUUUACGUUUUCAAAUUAAAUCAAACAAAUAACAGAAUUACAUUAUCCUAGAAACAGACUUUUUACCUAAACCUAUAGAAUAUUAAUUCAUUGAAUAACCAGGGAUGUGGGAAAUCUUUCUAAAAUAGAAAUUACCACUUAUGGAUUACUAAAAAUAUUAUGAAAUUGAAAAAUUAAUUGGUAGUGGUAGUUUUGCUAGUGUUUACAUUGGAAAAUCAAAGGCUGAUGGUACUAAAGUAGCUAUUAAAGCAUUCCUUAAAAAAAUGCUCAUGUUACAAGAUCCAACUUAAUGGAGAGUAAUAAUUAAAUUAAUGGUAGGAAUAAAUAGACAAUGAAGUUAAAGUUAUGAAAUAUAUGAAUCAUUAAAAUGUAUUGAAAUUAUAUGAUGUUUUUGAAAACAAAGCUCAAAUUUACUUAAUCACUGAAUUAUGUAGAGGUGGCAAUUUGGAUUAAGCUAUUAAAAAAUUAGAAGAACCAUUACCAUUUUUAACUGUGAAGGUGAUUUUUCGAUAAAUUGUAGAAGGAAUCAAAUAUAUGCAUGAUAUAGGUAUAAAAAUUAAAGAAUUAUAGGAUUGAUGCAUAGAGACAUUAAACCAGCGAAUAUUCUUUUUAGAAAACCUAUCUCUCUUAAAUAGUUUGGCUUAUAAGCUUAAGAUGGCCCAUUAAUAAGCGAUUUUGGUGUUUCCUCCACAAUUUAAAAAUAACUUAAUGUUUACUAAUUUUGUGGGUCAUAUGGAUAUAUGGCACCAGAAAUAUUUAUUUGUGAGGAGGAUAAGUCUAAAUCAUAUAAUGAGAAAUGUGAUGUUUUCAGUUUAGGUUGCUUACUUUAUGAAUUGUAUAAUAAAUUAAUUUAAUUAGAACUACUACAAAACCACUCUUUUCAGGCAAUAAUUUAAAGUAAUCAAAUAAAGAAUGUAAUAUCAAUAUGAAUAAAUUAUUGGAAGAUUGUUUCGGAAAUCGAUAAUGUAAAUCAUAUGAUAUAUAAAUAGUAAUAAAUCUUUUAAUGAAAAUGUUGAAUCCCAAUCCUGAUUAACGAAUCUCUUGUUCGGAAGUGUUGAAUCAUCCAGUUAUGCAAGUUGAAUACGAUGAUUAAGGAUGUCCAUUAUUUAAGGAUUAUAAGAAGCCUGUUGCCUUAUCAAUUCAAAAGCAAAGGUUAUCUUUAAAAUCCAAAAGCAAUGCUAUUUUGCCUUAAACAUCCAGGAGAAAUGAAACUCAAUCAUUCAAAAGAUUAUCCUAAGUACUACCACCCAUAAAAAGAUUAAGCACGGAAGUGCAUAAUUGA